AUGUAAACGAUAAUGUGACUUUCAAUGUAUAUUUAUGUAUGUAGCCUCAAACGAUAGGCUGUUAUUCCAUUAAAUAGAAUAGUUUUGUACGAAAUAUUGACAAAAUAUUUGUGUCAUCACAUCCUGCUUUUUUAUCCUACCUGUUUUGAAAUUCAUAUAUUAAUUGAAACUUAUUGUUGAAGACUUAUAUUCAUUAUAUAAUUGUUUUAUCUUACUAUAUUGUUUUUAAUUAUUUUUUCUUUCAAUGAAUAAACUAAAUAAAUUAGAUUUCUUCAAUGAUACCCCCUUUCUCCACACUGACAGACGUAAAUCAAGUAGUGUAAAACAAUGAAACUAUCAGCACAGAUCUAAUGGUUGUCUGUGGUAUUUAUUAAUACAAUGAUUUUUUUCAAUAUUCAACAUUGUUUGUUCAUUCAACAUUCAAAUGUCCCAGUUCUAACCAAAUAUAGAUAUUAUCAAAUCAAUUUAUUUUCCAUUUUUACAAUAUAUACAGAGCAUGAAAUUACCAUAGUUACUAAAUGUCCAUACAAUGCUUAUCAAAUGUUCAAAUAUUGAACAAAAAUAUCUGAUAAUCUCCAUUUAACGUUCGAUAGUGGUUAAAUAAUGUCUAAUAAUGUUUGAUAGCUGUCUAAUAUUCAACCAGACAAUGUACAUAAACGUUAAUCAUAGUUCAAUUUUCUGUAUAUGGCAAACGCCAACAAAAAUGGCGGCUGGUGAAAGAACAAUAUUAAUGUUCAGUUCUGUGACGACAGUUAGCAAGUGGUCUGUGAGAGCAUAUCGAGUCAAGGGCGACCUCAGCUAAAUCGUUAGGGUGUGAUCACAUUGAAUGCCUAAUAAAUAUAUGAGUGCAAGUUCACGUCAGAUCAUGCAUGAGCCGAAAAACAAAAUUUGAAAAGUGCCAUUGAACCAUGUUGAGACUUGCAUGUAGCUGCUCACCCACUGAACGCAACCAGCAAGUGCAAGCGUUCAAUGUGAGGGUUCCUGUUAAUUUUUCUCAGAUUUUGUUUUUCUCACCCCUGCAUGCUUGAUCAUGCAUAACCAAGCUUGCACUUCGCACCCUUACACUUUGACAGACCACUCACAAAAUUUCCUGACCGAGCUGAACGAAUUGAUAUCAGUCUUUCACCAACCACCAAUUCAUAAUAAAAUUAAAAAAUAGUAUGGUUGAUUGGCGAGGAAAAAUAUAUUAGGCACACUUGUUUGGAUAAAAUUGGUAUUUAUUUUUUUGCAAAUUUAUGAAGAAAUGUAACAGUCGCUGUAAAUGCAAAUACUGUACUCCUUAUAAAUGAUAUUAUAAUGUUACUGGUUAGAACGGAAACAGUACAGUGCAUGUCUUAUCGCAUUUAGUUCCUCUCUACCUAGCUCUGUCUAUCUCCGAGGAGGAGGAGGAGGAGGAGGGUACUUUCUCCCCGGCAGAGCUGGCUGAGUCCCUGUCGUCUUUAAAACCGCAUCAAGUGAUGGUGAUUGGUUCCGUGGUGUUGAACCAGAUAGUGGUGGGACUUGCGGUGUCCUACCUGAGCGUCCUGAUGUGUGGCAUCGGUGUCCUGAUGGCGUGGCGUGGCUUCUCUCCCCUCCGCCAACUGCCCACCUUCCACUGGGUGUGCGCCGAGUUGGCGCUCCACAUAACUCUCACAGCACAUUCACAAGCAGCACCACGAGUGGACGGCUCCAAUCUCAGUUACCGCCAUCUACUGUCAUCCCAUCGAGCACACAUUCAGCAAUCUGUUGCCGCCCUUCCUCGGGGUAAGCUCCAGCAUAGAUAAACGACAUGGUGUUUUGUAUCAAGUUUAGAUGAUACUGUAUCAUGUGUGGUGAUACUGUAUCCAAAAUGUGGUGAUACCUUAGAGAAAAUAUAGCUUAAGGGCGGUUGCAGACGAACCACAUUCGUAUGUAGGAUGUGGGACCGUCAUACCACAGAUCAAUAUGACUAAACGCCCUAACGCAGAGAGACUUUCACACUACA